AUGGUGGAUUUGCGCGAUGUACCUCCAGAGAUCUUGCUGUAUAUAUUUUCUUUCCUAGACAUACCUGACCUUGAGACGAUGGCGCGUUUGUCGCCUCUCUACGCUGCACUUGCCUCGGAUCCUCUGCUACAGCGCACUCGACUUCUUGUCAUUGCCCCUGCUCGCGUCGACCACUCUCUGUUUGGCGAAGGCCCGACAGGCGUCAUGCUGCGGCCUACUGUAUCUGAUCUUGUGAACCGCGGUGUACUCCGCGGGCUGAAUAUCGAGCGGCGGUGGCGUAUGGGCCUUUACUUUGGGUCGCAAGCGUCAGUCCGCCAAUACGAGACCAGCAUCGUCCUCGCGCGCAGGCACGCGUCGAACAAGCUGACCUCGCAGCUGCGGCGGCGCAGCAUCGCGUCUCCCUCCGGCGACCGCGCGGCCUACUGCAAGUCCUUCCCGAAGGCGUUCCCCGAUGCCGAGUCGUCCUCCCCAGCCAUCUCGCGCUCGCUGCUGCCCAUCAUGCAUCAGCUAAAGUGGUCGCUGCAUCGGGAUAGCCUGGCGAAGGUGGUGCGGGGCGGGAGGGUGGAUGCGUCGAGUUUUGGCGACUGGCUGGAGCGGAGGGGGCGGGCGGUCGUGACUGAGACGGAGCGGGUGCGUCUGGCUAUCUGCCCGGACAUUCGCAGGCUCGUUGGGUUCUACGAGAGCCUUGCGCGUUGA